UUUGGUUUUUGUCGAGUGAAUCUGGGAAGGAAGCUGUCUCUUCCUCUCCCUUUGCCAUCGCCUCCUCGUCCUUCCCUUUCUCUUUCCUUGCAGCACGACACUUGCAUCGGCCGAACCAGAAACUCGGAGUCGAUCCAUGGGCGUCACCGACACCGGCCGAACCCAAGAGGUCAAGCAAUUCGACGAAUCCAAGCUCGGAGUCAAAGGCCUCGUCGACUCCGGUCUCACCUCCAUCCCUCCCCUAUUCAUCCACCCGCCCGAGACCCUCUCUGACCUCGGGCCCGCCCGGCCCAGCUCCGACUCGAUCCCCACCAUCGACCUCUCCGGCUGUGACUCCGGGCACCGUCCCUCCGUCGUCGAGGAAGUGGGGUGCGCGGCUCGCGGGCUCGGCUUCUUCCAGGUGGUCAACCACGGCGUGCCGGUGGAGGUCCUGGACCGGACGAUCACUGCGGUGAAGGCCUUGCACGAGCAGCCGGCGGAGGCGAAGGCGAGGAUCUACCGGAGGGAGAUGGAGACCGGGGUCGCGUUCUUCUCCAACCUCAACUUGUUCCACUCCAAAGCGGCUAGCUGGAGUUUCUCACGGGCACAAACAAAAGAAGAAUUCAUGUAUAAAUAAAGAAUUAGGAAAGCAGAAAGAAUCAGUUCAAGCAAUGCAAGGAAUAAUAUUGCGAGGACACGCUCCAGAUAAGGCUGGAGCCGAAAGGGGACAUGGAAGAGAUCCCCGAGGUCUGCAGAAAUGAGGUGAUGGAAUGGGAUCCGCUGGUCCGGCAGCUGGGAGGCCUCCUGAUGGGAUUGUUGAGCGAGGGGCUGGGAUUGAGUCCGGGCAAGCUACCGGAAUUGACGUGCUUGGAGACGAGGGCCAUGGUGGGGAAUUACUAUCCGUACUGUCCCCAGCCUAAUCUGACGGUCGGCUUGAUGUCCCACACGGACCCAGGAGUGAUCACAUUGCUCUUGCAGGACUAGGUUUGCAGGUUGCAAGUGAAGCACGGCAAUGAGUGGGUGGAUGUGACACUAGUCCCGGGUGCUCUGGUUGUGAACAUCGGCAACAUCCUCUAGGUAAACUCCUAUUGAGGACUAGGAGUGUCUCUAAAGCACCCAAGUCAGUUAAAAAGUUACAUUCUUCAGUGAAACAGAGAUCCAUUCACGCGAUUUUUGUUUUCCCAGACCAUUUCUAACGACGAGUACAAAAGCAUGGACCACCGGGUGUUGGUCAACCCUAACCAAGAGCCAUGUGUGUCGGUAGCAGUUUUCUGCGACCCGAGCAAUCGCAAGAAUGAGUUCAGACCGUUCCUAGAGCUCAUAUCCUUAGAUAAACCUGCUGCUUUCCAGCAAUUCAACCUCAACAAGUACAUGAGGAGAUUCUUCACAAAGGAGUUGGAGGGGAAAAGUUUGAUAAAUUACUUCAGGGCAUAAGUGAGAGGUGCAUAGGCCCAAAAAUACUUCCCUAUGGCACUUAAGGAAACACGUGGUUCUCCCCCUAAAUCUUACGAAUCGUUAAAACAUAUGGACUAUUUAUAUUGUAUGAUACUCUGUUCUAUUAUUCAA